GUUCCGGGGCACGCGCGGCCUGCAGCGGCGGUUGCCGGGGGAAUGAGCUCCGAGAAGGGGAACGUGGCGCGCAGGCGGCCCCAGCGCCACCAGAACGCGCGCGCCUUCAGGAACGACAAGUACGACACCAGCGCGCGGCUGAAGAAAAUAAAUUCUAAACUUCAUGAUGGAGUGUGUCAGCAUUGUAAAGGUAUUUUGGAGUGGCGGGUAAAAUUCAGCAAGUAUAAACUACUAUCAAAACCUAAAAAAUGUGUGAAGUGCCUCCAGAAAGCUGUGAAAGAUCCUUACCACAUUAUUUGUCGACCAUGUGCUAGUAAACUAGAAGUUUGUGCCAAAUGUGGAAAGGAAAAAGAAAUUGUAAUUCCGAUCAAUAAAGGACAAGAUGGAAUUGAGGAUAAGACCACUAAAAACGGCCAGGAAAGUGGACUGAAGGAUGAACUGGAUUUUGACACUAACUUGAGUAGUACAGACAGUGAAGAAGAUUCUGAUAGGCUUGAAGAAAGAUUUAAAAGUAUGAACUUUGAAAGGACAGAGAUUCAAAAACUUGAGUUUGUAGAAGAGACUGUACACAAUGAAUUGUGAUAGAUUGAUGCUUUUUUCUGACUUCUGCUCUGAAAACCUGGUCUGACAUUUAAAAUCCUCAUGUAUUGGCACAGUGUGUUUUGAUUCUUGUUGUGGAGAGACUUGAUACUUGUUUGAAAGACUCAGAGUUUGAAUCUUUAAGUACAGUUAUUUCUUGUAUGGAUGUUCCUCUGUGUGUUAUUAAUAUGAGUCCAGUAUUACACAACUGUUGUAUUGCCAUUUGAAAAACUACAUGGACAUCUGUAGUUCAAAUAAAACAAUAAAAAGUUCUGUCAUUUAAAAAAAAAAAAAAGUUAAACCAAUUUUAAUAGAUUUUGAGGGAAGAACUUGCAUCUUUUGUCAGUGAGCUUCCAGAGGCCAUUACUGAAAUAUCAAAUAAUCAUUGUUCUUACUCCAGCUGUCUCUUUUCCAUGGGAAGAGUGCCUAAGUGCCAUCAAUAUCCAUUUCAUAUUUGUGACCUUGUUUUUACCAAAAUUUUGAAAUGGAAGAAAGAAAAAAAAAAAAAGAGUUUAAGACUUUAGAAUUUUUCAUACAUGUUCCACACUUUCUUUUCAUUCAGAUGUAGACAUAAUGUAGUUUCCUCUAAUACAAAAACACUUAGGUGCCAUGCAGGGAUGCUAAUAUAGAAUUAUGUUUAAUAAGUUACAAUUUCAAAUGCCAUACUAUUACAUAGCAGGAUAUAUAGUUGUAGUCUUCCUGUCUUUCAGUUCCUUGUAGGGAUUAUUUCAGUGUAGACUAAGCUCUAAGAAGAACUUCAUUGAAAUGAACUUCUGCUGGAUUCAGUGUGGUUUGAUUUGUUUUAUGUCAUCUGCCACAUCUAUGAAUAAUGCAGGAGAAGUGCUUCUUGUUUACUAAAUGGUUUAAUGCAAGAACAACUAACAAUAUAGUUUUUACUGACCACUGAAAAAUUAACCAGCUUGUUUGGCGUUGUCGGAAUUGCAGUUACCAGGCACAGAAAAAAAAAAAAAUAAAAAUCUAAAAA